AUGCUCCGCGCCUCCCUCCUCCUCGCCCUCCUGGGCCUGUGCAGCCUGGCCGCAGCGCAGCAGACGUACUCGAGCGUGCAGCCUUCCAACUACACACUGACGCUGAGCUUCACUCUGGACGGCGUCACCACCACCCCCGCGCCCUGCACCCAGUUCGACCCCUCCACCUCCACCUGCCUGCCCCAGGGGUCUGUGCCCGACGGCGACUCCAUCACCAUUGCCUACUCGGGCCCUGCCACCCCCGGCAACACCGUCUCCCUCAUGUUCUGCUACUCUAACACCUCCUCCGUCAACCGCGCCUGGCGCAAGUACAACGCAGUGAUCUCGGAGGACAAGAAGUGCAACGUGGCCAAGCCCUUCAAGACCGGCCUGCCCACGGGCGAGGGCAGCUUCAAGUGGACGCCCGGCCCCAACUCCGCCCCCUCCACCUACCAGAUCCAGCUGCUGGAGGUGGUGGCCGGCUCCGACCCCACCACGUAUGCGGCCAGCGGCAAGAGCGAGGGCUACUACCAGAUCAUCCCCAUCGACAGCCGCCCCACGUGGCUCAUGGCGCUGGUGGGCGUGUUCUGCACGGUGGGGCCCAUCACGCUCGCGGGCUUCUUCACCUACGAGAAGAUCUACAAGAAGGACUGA